GUGACCUUCUUCGGAUCAGGUUGCAGACAUUUUAUGUAUUUCUUGCAAAGUCCGCUCAACUCACCACCAAAUUCAUCUCCUACUGCCUUUGCCAGAACAUGAUGAGUACCGGCAUGAACAACUCCUCCGCAACUUCCACAGACAGAGUCGUCGUCGUUCAUCAUGCGACUCAUCCCGACAGGGACAAUCAGUUCCGUGCCAUAGCGGUGUCCAGCAAAUUCCUCAAAGCGAACCAGAAAAUGUUUCGUGUACGAUGUUCGCAGUGUCAAAUGUCGUUGGAGAAACCCUUGAAAUGCGCAAAGUGUAAGAGCGUCUGGUAUUGCUCAAAAGAGUGCCAAAGGAAAAAUUGGCCUACCCACAAACCGAGAUGCCACGAUGUCGAACGCUCCUCGGGAGCCCUCAAAUUCAUACGAAUGUUCAUUUUGAAUCCGAUACUCAUGGGGCUCCUCAAAGUUAGUAUCGUCAUCGACUGUGGCCUGAUUGAGAAUCCCCGAAUCGGAUUCGACGUGCCGUUCGGGGUGCGCGUUGAUAUUGCCAUUGAGCCGAGUAAUAUCUUAAACUUCAUUGAAUUGUAUCUCAACAACAAAUCUCCUGGGGAGAAGCUUCAAGGGAUGGUGCAGGUCAAUGCCAUGACACCGUGGGAACUUACGCCAGAGCGGCUAAACAUAUGGCGUGAGGCUCGGGCAAGGCAUGACGCAGAGGGUUUCGCCAAAGAUCCUGUUGGACUCGUGGAUUUCAUCGAUGUUAACUGCACAGAGGACUCGGGGAAUUCAGCAACCGCUGAGUUUCACUUCCCACGUAUUGUCCUUGACAUCGCAAAGGAACGGGAACCUUUCUUACGUGUCUCUGCUAUCACGGGUGCUGAAUUCACGGAACCCAUGACUGCUAUGGCAUGUCUAGAGUCUCUCAACAUGCAUAUUCGGGCAGAUAAGGAGAAUCAGUUGUAUUUACGCACUGACAUGACAGAUCAAGAUAAGGAAGUCAUUCGCGCUGCGGGUCGCAAUGAGGACACAUGUCUGGCUCGCAUUGUUAAAGAGAAGAUGCAAAGAGAACGCAUCUAUGCCUCUAUCGUGCAACUGACACACUAAGUAGUUUAAUACGAGGAAACUCUGGCACGAGCAAUCUGUAUCCUCUCCCCAGUGACCCUUCAAGUUAUUCUUGUGCUGUGCUUCGUCCCCUCUAUGUUCUUAUGUUGUAUCUGCUGAAAAUUCGACAUCUUGAAGAUGCUUGCAGCUCUAUGUAGUCAAAGUCUUAUGAAUGAUGCUUCUGGCGAUUGAAGAA